GCCCUGCAGGUCGUCCUCAUCUUCUACCUGAUGGUUUCCUCUGUCGUGGGCUUCUACAGCUCCCCCCUCUUCACCCGGCUGCUCCCCGAGCGGCAGGACACCCCCCUUCCCCAGAUCAUCGGGAACUGCGUCUCCUUGCUGGUGCUCAGCUCAGCCCUGCCUGUCUUCUCCAGGACGCUGGGGAUCACCCGUUUCGACCUCCUGGGUGACUUUGGCCGUUUCAACUGGCUGGGGAACUUCUACAUCAUCUUCCUCUACAACAUGAGCUUCGCAGGGCUCACCACCCUCUGCUUGGUCAAGAAAGUCUCCUGGGCCGUGCAGGCCGAGCUCAUCCGAGCCUUCG